AUGGUGGUGGUUCCCCAAGGGAAUGCAGGUCACCCAGGCUCUGGUGCUGGUGGCCUUGAGUUCCUGCGUCUCAAAUGCAGAGGAGCUCUGAGCAUGGAAGAGGCCAGGCUCUCAGAUCUUGGUUCCCUGGGCCAAGGGUUCCAGCCCCUGGGGUCCCCCUGCUGUGACCCUGAAGUUCUAGCUCUCCUCUUCCGAAGCUCAGCGUCUCUGUGGCCUCCUUUCUGCCAGGCCCUCCGGAACGGCCCAGCCACCCCCUUGUGCUCAGGCUGGGGGCGCGGGGCCCCUGCUCCCUGGUGCUUCCAGAAGCUGGAAGACACCAUCCUGGGCCCCAUGGCCAGCAGGGAAGACCGGACACUGACUGUGCGUAGGGAAGGCGGGCAGGCCUUGCCCACCCCGGUGCCAGCCCGCAUCCGUGAGAUCGUGGCCAGCAGCCUGGGCGGGGCGCCACCCCAAGGGGCGCAGGAGCUGCCCGCCCCCACGGCCGGGGCUCAGGAGGACAGUGAGCUCCUGCAGGAGGAGCUGGCCCGGCUGGAGGCCCUGCUGGCCCAGGCUGGCGCUGAGCGUGAGGAGCUGGUCAGCAGGUACCACAUGGUCAGCGAGCGGCUGCAGGCCCGGCUGCAGACCACUGAGGCCCAGCUGCGCAGAUCUGAGCUGGAGCACAGCGUGGACCUGGAGGAGGCCCUCGACCGCCUGGAGGCCUCGGAGCAGAGGAGCAGGGGCCUCUCCCAGGUGAACGCCCUCCUGCGAGGACAGCUGGAGCACUUGAGGACGGCAAACGAGGCGCUGACGCGGGAGCUGGCCACGGUGACCGCCACGGCCACGGUGAAGGGCAGCGCACGGCCGCCGCAGGGCCGGCGGGAGCGGGGCGGGGCUCGGCGCCGGGGCCAGAGAGAGACUCUGCAGAUAGGCCGGCAGGAGCCCAGGGGCGUCCUCCUGCUCUGGAGACAGGCCACAGCAAUCCGCACACACCUGGCCGAGCUGCGGGCAGCCACUGAGAGGGGUCUCUCAGACAUGCGGGCAGAUACUGCCAGGACUGCCCGGCGUCUGCACACAGCCUGCCUGAACCUUGACUCCAACCUGCGGCUGGCAGCCAGCAGUGCAGCCUCUGACCUGGAGCAACAGCUGCAGGAACAGGUCCGCGAUACACUGCAGCUGCAGGGCCGCUGGGAGGCCGAGAAGGUGGCACUACGUGCCAGACUCUCUGAGCAGACGUUGCUGGUAGAGGAGCUCACAGAGCAGAGCAAGCAGAAGGAGAGAACCAUCGCCUCUCUCAAGAUGGAUUUCCACAAGCUGGAAUCACAGCGUGACCGGGCCCAGCUGGCGGCCGAUGACCUGAGGGACGAGGUCACAUCGCUACAGCACGUCCUGGCCAGCAUCGCAGAGGUGGCCCAGGCAGACAUCAAGUAUUCUGAGCCAACGUGGAGCAGAAGCACUGAGGGCGAGAAGGUGUGGGGACAGUGGAGGAGCCCCCCACGAGCCACAGCCCCCCACCGAGGGGCAUCCCCACCCCAGGCCCACUCUCCAGCUGGCCUGGACCCCACCCUGCAGGCCGUGCGGACAGCCAUUGAGAGGAGGCAGCAGCGAGAACAGGAGCUGUGCCAUCAGUUGGAGGCCUCCAAGAUGGCAGCAGCCAGCCUCCAGGAGCAGCUAUCUGAGUCCCAGAGGGAGCUCUGGGCCUCCCAACAGCUGCUUCAGGACAGAACACAGGAGCGGGAGGACCUCCUAGGCCAGCUGGAGACCCAGCGGCAGGAGGCCCGGCACUGCCAGGCAUCCGCUGAACUCCUGAGAAGGGAGAAGGUGGCCCUAGAGCUGGCGGCAGAGGAGCUGAGCGCGAAGGUAGACAUCUGUGCGGCAGAGAAGCAGAGCCUGGAGGCAGCAAAUGCAGAGCUGCGCUGCAGCCUGCAGCUGCGGGAAGAACAGAGAGCGGGGCUGGCGCGGCAGGGCCAGAGCAGCCAGCGCGCCCUGGACGCCAGUCAGGGAUGCCUGGAGCAGCUGGAGGAGAAGGCCUCUGGGCUGAGGAAGCAGCUGGCCAAGGCCCGGGAGGCUCUGAGCACAGCACAUCUGCAGAGGGACCUCCUGGAGAGGGAGAGGGAGAGCCUGCGUGGAGCCCUUGCCCGGGCGGAGUCCAGCAACGCUGACCUGGAGCGGCGGGUGACGCGUCUGAAGUCGGAGGGACAGGAGCAGCGGGACUCUCUGGCCAGCAUGGCCGCCCUGAUGGAGGGUCUGGCCCAGGACAAAGGCACCCUGACCCACCGAGUUCUCCAGCUGGAGCAGGAGCGGGACCAGCUCCGCCGGCAGCAGAGGGCGGCCGAGCAGGAGCUCGUGAGCAUCGGGGAGCAGCUGGUACGGAGGGAGCAGCAGCUGGAGCGAGCGGAGGCCGAGCGGACCGGCCUCCGGGAAGCCUGUGAGCACCUGGAGCAGCGGCAGGAGCGGCUGGAGGAGCAGGUGGCCCUGCUCAGGCUGGAGCGGGCCCGGGGGCAGCAGCGGGCGGACCAGGUCACACGGGAGAAACAAGCCCUGGAGGAGCAGUUGGCACAGAGGCUGCAGGAGCAGGAGGCCCAGACGGAGGCUCUCCAGCAAGCUCUUGGAGAGAAGGACGCUCUGUCUGAGGAGAAGGCCCAGCUACUGAGCAGGCAGAACGCCCUGGAGAGGCAGGGCCAGCUGGCGACGGAGGAGGCCGCAGAUCUCAGGGUCCAGAGGGACUGUCUGGAGAGCAGCCUCUCUGAGGCCCGAGGGCUGGCGAAGCAGCUGCGGGCCCAACAGGAGCAGCUGGAGAGAGAGGCACAGCAUGCCCAGCUGGGCUGGCAGGCCUUGCAAGUGGAGACAGAGCGGCUAAAGAAGGACUGGGAGGUCCGGGAGAUGGAGCUGCAGCAGCAGCUGGCACAGAAGGAGCGAGACACACAGCAGGCCCUGCAGACCCUGGAGUCAGCCCACCGAGAGGACCUGGCUCGGCUCCAGCGAGAGAAGGAGACCCUCAGUCUGUGCCUGUCAGAAGAGAAGGAGGAGGCCGCACGCCAACUGAAGCAGAAGACAGAGCUGAUGGCAAAAAGCGCAGCUGAGAAGGAGGCUCUGGAGGAAGAAAUUCAGAGCCUGAAACAGGACCAGGACGAGAGCCUCCUCCAACUGGAGCAUGAGAUGCAGCAGGCGCUGUCCGUGAAGGAGGCGGAGAGGACGGAGCUGAGCGGCGAGCUCUCUGGAGCUGUGCGGACCCUGGAGAGGGUGCGGCAGGAGGCCCGGAGCCAGCAGGCACAAGCUGAGGCCACGGUGGGCGCCAUGGCAGAGGAGCUGAGCGCCCUGCAGGCCCAGUUGGAGGCGGCCAGCUCCACCCACCAGAGAGAGGCUGCCGCCCUGAGCCAGAGGCUCAGGGAGAUGGAGGCCAUGAGGAGCCAGGCAUGCAGAGAGGUAGGGGGCUGGCCUCCAGAGGAGGCGUGGAGGGCCGGUGUGGAGGACCGGAGUGGGGGGGCCAGUGUGGGAGCCGGUGUGGGGGGCCGAGGGCCGGCCGGUGUGAAGGGCCGGUGUGGGGGGCCAGUGUAG